AUGCACGAGGCAGUACCUGCAACCCUCUAUAGGAGGUAUUUGAAGCAGACCAUACAGGAAGAUGUGGACACCCCAGAGCACGGUCUGAACAGGGAGAAAUUCACACUUUUGAAACAAGCUCUGAAUGUAAUCGGUUUCAGCAACUUGGAGGUGGAGAACCUGUUUGUAAUUCUAGCAGCGAUUUUACACAUUGGAGACAUUCAGUUCACUGCCCUGACUGACACAGACUCCGCCUUCGUUUCUGACCUCCAGCUUCUGGAACAAGUGGCUGCAAUGCUGCAAGUAUCAACAGACGAGUUGGCUUCCGCCUUAACAACUGAUAUUCAGUAUUUUAAAGGAGACUUGAUAAUCCGGCGACAUUCUAUACAGAUGGCUGAAUUUUACCGUGAUCUCUUGGCCAAGUCCUUAUACAGUCGCUUAUUUGGCUUUCUGGUGAAUACCAUGAAUGGUCGCCUCCACAGUCAAGAUGAGCAUAGAAG